UCCACCUUAUCAACUACUGCAGGUUCUGCAAAAAAAGUAUGUACAAAGUUCACAGAGACCAUCUCAACAGUGUCUAUUCUGCAUAGUUAUGUCAUGGACAGGCAUCAAGAAGAAAACAAUUUAUUUAAAUAUGACUGUCUCAUAUUAGCUGGUCAGGUGACUGAGGAUGAGAUCUCAUUCCCCACAUCCUUCUGGGGAAUGUAGUUCAGACAAUAAUCUCCAUAUUGUCUGAACCUACUACCCUCUCACAUAGUGUGGAGUUAUGAAUCUUAUUAUAGCCUGCAUGUCACCACUGAAUCCUAUGCACAAAAAGCACAAAUGAUAUGCACAAAUGGAAAAACCGUCAGACAGUGGUUGUAGGUCAGAAAGGUAACCCAGCAGUACACUCUCUCUUUCUAGUUAAGCCUGCGAUCACGGUAUUUACAGAAGACCCAAUUGAAGAAGGCGAAACGGAAAGUCGCAUAGCAACCUGCAGGGCAGAGAAUGGCAAGCCGGCUGCUAAAAUCAGUUGGCGAACUCCCUUUCCUACGCUUGGAAGCAUGGAAAGCUCAUCGAUGCACGAGGACCUUACCAUUACCAUCGAGAGCCAGCUGCGAGCCAUCCCAGCACGCUCGAUGCAUCGCCAGGAGGUGCAAUGCGUGGUGGAGCACCUGUCUUUGGCCCAGCCAGAAGUGGUCUCUUCCAAGCUCACCGUGCAGUAUCCCCCUUCUGUUGUUGUGAUAAAAAUAGACACACCAACUAAGCUCACCUUCCAGUGUGAAGCAGAUGCUACCCCCCCGUGGACAGAUAUGAUUGGAAAAGGGAGAACGAGGUCCUCCCAGACGGGGCAGCUGUGACUGAAGCUCAGCUGGAGUUCUCUGUCAUCACCCCUGACCUCAGUGGCCUCUACUACUGUAGAGCGAGUACCCCUAAUGCCACAGCAACAGGAGUGCUUUAUCUCCAAAUCGGUAAUGCAUUCUUUUUUAUUUAAGAAAGAGACCACCUUUUCAUUAUUUAGAAGUUCAAAAUAUUUCAUCAACAUUUUUAGUUUUUGAACGGAAUAUAGUUUUGUUUGAUCGUUUUUCCAAUUAUUUAAAGUGCAGAAGUUCAACAAUUAAGGCCAGUAUUGCAUGUUGUACUUAGCUACGAAAACUUUUGUA